GUAAAGAAAAAAGUCGUUCAAGAACGCACAUACUGGUCAGUGGAGAUAAACAUUAUCAAUAAGAUGUUAGAGGGAGGAGAGGAUUUAGUCACACUCAACGGUACUCUACAGAGACACAUAAACAUACAGGCUGGUACAACACAUCAUAAAUGUGAUGUCUGUGCUAGAGAAUUUAGUCAAAGAGGUCACUUAAAGAGACACUUGAAAACACAUACUGGUGAAAAACCUCAUGAGUGUGAUGUUUGUUUUAGAAAAUUUUCUCGCAGUGAUGACUUAAAGAGACAUACGAGAACACAUACUGGUGAAAAGCCUCAUAAAUGUGAUGUUUGUGCUAGUGAAUUUUCUCAAGGUAGUCAACUAAAAGCACACAUGAGUACACAUACUGGAGAUAAACUUCAUGGCUGUGAUUUAUGUGGUAAAGGGUUUAGUUAUCUUAGUAGUUUACAGAGUCACAUGAGAAUACAUACAGGCGUUAAACCCCAUGAGUGUGAUGUAUGUAGUCAACGGUUUAGUCGGCGUUGGAAUUUACAGAUACACAUGAGAACACAUACAGGUGAUAAACCUCAUAACUGUGAUGUUUGUGAUAAACGCUUUAGUCAGCAUGGUUCUUUACGGAUUCACAUGAGAACACAUACAGGGAAUAAACCUUAUGACUGUGGUGUAUGUGGUACAGGGUUUAGUCGGCAUUGGAAUUUACAGACUCACAUGAGAACACAUACAGGAGAUAAACCUUAUGACUGUGAUGUAUGUGGUAAAGGGUUUAGUGAGCAAGGUAGUUUACAGAGACACAUGAGAAUACAUACAGGGGAUGAAUAUGAUAAACCUCAUGACUGUGAUUUAUGUGGUAAAGGGUUUAGUCAGCUUGGUAGUUUACAGAUUCACAUGAGAACACAUACAGGUGAUAAACCAUAUGACUGUGAUGUAUGUGGUAAAAGGUUUAGUGAGCAGGGUAAUUUACAGACUCACAUGAGAACACAUACAGGUGAUAAACUGUAUGACUGUGGUGAAUGUGGUAAGGGGUUUAGUCAUAUUAGGAAUUUACGGGAUCACAUGAGAAUACAUACAGGUGAUAAACCUUAUAUAUGUGAUGUAUGUUGUAAAGGGUUUAGUCAGCAUAGUAAUUUACAGACUCACAUGAGAACACACACAGGUGAUAAACUGUAUGACUGUGGUGAAUGUGGUAAGGGGUUUCGUCGUAUUAGUAAUUUAUGGGAUCACAUGAGAACACAUACAGGUGAUUAACCUUAUAUAUGUGAUUUAUGUUGUAAAUGGUUUAUUCAGCAUAGUAAUUUGCAGAUUCACAUGAGAACACACACAGGUGAUAAACCUCAUAACUGUGAUGCAUGUGGUAAAGAUUUUAGAUUGCUUGGUCAUUUAAGAAGACACAUGAGAACACAUACCGGUGACAAACCUCAUGACUGUGAUGUAUGUGG